AUGUCAGAUUUAAAAGCUGUAAUUUCCAGGCGCAAAACGGUUCGUAAAAAAGUUACUGUUUGUUAUGAUAAACGUGAUAGUUACAGGGGUUUAGAUCCAGCCUUGCAAACGACCGAAAAGGGUCUUCUGCUUAACUACCAGAAGAGUUUAUUGGAAUUGGACAAAGAAUUUUUUAAAUUGAAGUUUUCAGAUGACGGGGUAACAGAAGCGGCUUUAGAUACCGAGAGUGAUUUAUGUCAGGAAUACCAGGAUAGAAUCCAGACUUGCUUGUCUUUGCUGCCUGCUUCUCUCUCUAAUCAUUCUAAUGUUAGCAUUGAUAAUGCUCGUUCUUUGUUAAAGCAGCCCACUGCUCCUUUACCCAGGUUUACCAGUAAAGAAAACGAGGACUUCACGUCAUUUCUUAAGGAAUUCCGAAGUACCACUAGUUCCUUUACAUACCCAGAUCGUGAUCUUUUGUUGUUGCUCAAGCAGCAAGUAGACGGUCGUGCUAAAUUGUUGUUAGAUUCUUUAGAGGCGGACAAGCAAACCUUUAAUGAUGCAGUAGAGCUUUUGAAGGCAGCAUUUGCUUCGGAAAGCACUCGUAAGGUAAACACGAUCAGGCAGUUGACAGAACUUAAGUUAGGGCUUUCAGAUGAUCCAUAUUCAUAUAUUUCAAAAUUCAGGACUAUACUUCAGUCUGUUAGUACACUAGAAAUAACGGCAGAUGAUUUUAUACAGUACUUUGCAUGGUCAGGCCUUAAUGAACAAUUUAAGAAAGAGUUGGUUCAGAUUACCAAUCAAACUCGUCCUAGCUGUAAGGAUAUUAAGGAUAACUUCUUUACUGCCACUGAAAGGUAUGAGAAUGCUAGGAAAAUUUCAAAGUUUAAAGGUUCCGCUAUUUCUGGAAAUAUUCAAGGGAAGAAUCAGGAUACUUCAACUAGUUUGGCUAUCAAAGUCGACUCUAAUAUUAACAAUGCAUUAAAAAGCUGCAGCUUAUGCCAAAAGGUAGAUUCAAAGGAUAUUAAUCACUUUAUGUCCAAAUGUCCAAAUUUCCCUACUGCACAGGAGAAAGUAUCUAAAUUGUCAGAGUGUAAUGGCUGUGUAAAAUGUGGAAGUUUUAUGCACCCGACUACUAAAUGUUCGUUCAGGUUUCGCAAAAAGUGCUAUCAUUGUGGCGGUUGGCAUUUCUCCUUUUUAUGCAUAAAGACAAGCUCCACCCAAAGUAAAAAGGAGCAGUCUAGUUCUGUUACAGUUAAAACAGCAACGAACAGUGGAGUAGCAAUACUACCUAAUUGUAGUAGUAGAUCUGCUCUUCCAACUUUUACUUUCCAAGUUUCAGGUCAAGGGAGAUUAUUCAGAGGGCUCAAAGAUACCGGUUCACAAAGCACUUUUGUAUCGGAGAGACUAGCCAAUUUUGGUAAAUUUAAAGUUAUAUGCAAUGAUGUUGACUCGACAGUUAAUGGGUUUAAUGGGCCCAAGGUCUAUAAAACUAGAAUAGUACAGUUGCCUAUUACUUUUACCACUGGUGUAGUUGAGGUGUUUGCUAUGGUUGUGCCUUCAAUAAAUAUAAAGUUGUCCUUACCUGGUUUAGGGAAGGUUAUUAAAGCCUUUAAAGAUAAAGGUUAUUUCUUUGCUGAUGCCUUUUUAGACCAAAAAUCUAGUGAAAUUAGUGACAUUGAUGUCUUGUUAGGUUCAGAUUCCUCUCAUUGUUUGUUGGGAAAAGACGUUUGGAUUUGGCAAUAA